AUGGACGAUAACAUCUGCUGUGAUAGAUCUCGUAUGGUCUUGAAUGAGUACGCCGAAACAGUCAGUAUUGCCAGAUUUCUUGUUGAAGGACAAAACACCCGUACCGAAUUUAUUCAUCUCCUUGAUAUAAUGGAAAACAUGCGCCAAAAAUGGAACGCUGAAAAAUUGAGGGCAGAUACUUUGCAGGAACAGAUGAAUAUUCAAGAAUAUGAUCACAAUGGACUGCAACAAGAAAAUCGGAUUUAUAAAGAACAGCUUCGGGAUGCACGUGCUCAGAUUGCCACACUGAUGUCCGAUAAACAAAACUUAGAGCGUGAUAUGGUUGAAUUAGAAAAAAAAUUUGCACUGGUCAACGAACUACUGAAGAAUGAACAAUCAUUACUGAAAGAGGAAGACCGACAGAAACUAUCAUUUUUGAACUACAAAUCAUAUGAGCCAGCUGUGACAGAAAGGCAAGCGCAUUGUGUACGUCGCGGUGUUUCACGUACACUGUCGCGUGGCGAAGAUACUGAUUAUGACAAGACAGGUGAUUCCAUGGAUAUUUCGUACGACGACUCUGAUGAAUCACAUUUACGGUAUGGUAAAGUGUACAGAAGGUCACAAAGUUUAGCUGUUCUCCCAAGCACUCACAAUUCUUUGGCUACCACGAAGCGUUCCAAAGAAUCCAAAAGAAUGAAUAUUGUUGAGGAAGAAAUGGCAAGUAUGCAGUGGUGCCAAUUUCUUGGCUAUGAUUCUCACAUAACUUUUAAGGGCACCCCAUCCAAACGAUCAAAAGAUGAAACUGAAACCAGUACUUCAUGCAAACGAUCAGAAGAUGGAACUGAAACAAUUAUUACAACAACAACAAUAACUAUAGAUCCAGAAGGAAGAAAACCAGCAACAGCUGGUAUCUCACUCAAACGUUCUAAUCGGUCAAUGUCUGAAUCGAAUAUUCUGAAUCAAAACGAAGAAACCACGGCCGAAUCAACGGGAAAAUUUAGUGCGGUCACACCACGAUGUGGAGCCAGUGCUCUCGACCUGAAUAGUCCACAUACUGCCGUUAAAACUUGGACUAAUGGUUCUUCAAUAGAAACUCGACCACAUACCUUUGUUAAUUUUACAUCAAUUCUCGGUGAUCGCUGUGAAGUGUGUAACCGUUGGAUUGGGCUCGCUGGAAAAGCGGCUUACAAAUGUACAGAUUGUGGGAUUCGUUUACAUAAAUUGUGCGCAAGAAAUGCUCCGAUCCCCUGCGUUCCUCGAACAGCAACACCUCGAACGCCUGGUAAACAACGUCCGCGGUUGAAAGAUUUUUGUCCAUCAACUCAGCCGAUGAUUCCAUCUCUCAUCAUACACUGCGUCGUUGCUCUAGAUAAAGAUCGUUUGAGUACAGAAGGCAUUUAUCGAAUUCCUGGACAGGAAUCGCAAAUUGUUAAAUUAUUAAAUGAAUUCAAAAACAGUCGCUCACUGCCCAAAUUAGAAUAUCAUGACACGGAGACAAUCACUGGUUGUAUAAAACGCUUCCUAAGGGAAAUAAGGGAUCCAGUAAUUCCGGUUUCGUCUUGGGAAGAAUUUGUAAUCGCCUCUGAACGUAAUGACUUCGAGGCUUUGGAUCGCUCAGUAAUGGAUUUACCCUAUCCAAAUAGAGAUACUCUCGCAUUUCUUUGCUCUCAUUUCCAGAGGGUUUGUGAUAAUCGCUCACGAAACAAGAUGUCUCCGGAGGUGCUGGCCCGUUGUAUUGCACCAACAAUUAUUGGCCGUGCUCCGCCACGUUUCACAAGCAUAGCGCAGAACGCUGAUGAAGUAGCAAAACAGAUCAUGGUAUUGUUGGCUUUGCUUAGAAUGCCUAAAGACUAUUGGCCGAAGUUCUUUGCAUUUGAUCAGGGAAAACCUUUGCUCAAAAGUCCUCCAAGUGGACCAACUGCAACAUUUACUUACAAUCAGGAAAGUAAGACUCCAGUUCGGCCUUCAUUUAAAGUCUCGAACAACAAUGGUCAAAAUGAUCCAAACAAGUCUAUGUUAAGGCCAGUUCGGAUGCCACCAGAUGCAAAGCAACCAAGAGAAUUCCAACCUUUUUGGAGUAAGCAUGGAAAAGUUUCUGUCGACCUCUACUAA